GAAAUAGUUGUGCGUUCGUUCGCUUUGUCGCGAUCACUCGUUACAGAAAUCGUCGACACAACAGCAAUAUUUAGCAACGGAAUUGUCGGCAUUUGCUUUCCGCUUUUUUUCCGAUUUGUUUCACAGCUAACUUGAUCUUCGUCGAAUAGUAGAAACGAUUGCUGAAAAGUGAACAACGUCGUCCGGUAUUUGUGUGAUUUUUAGUGAAAUGUGGAGAUAAAAAUGCAAUAAAACAAAAAAGAGAGAACAAAAAACUUAAAAAACCGUCGUCUUUACUGUGCAAAAGUGCAAAAGUGUUGAAUGCUGCUCAAGUUGUAAUCAAAUUCGCUGGAUUUUUAAUCUCUUCCAACUAAAGUUGUGCACAAUCGGCAUUUAUUUGGUCACCAUUCCAAUCAUGUAUUGUCAACCUGUUAACAGUUACCCCGGCUAUCCGAUGAACCCGACAAACGGCAUGGACACAGAAGAUGUCGAGUCCACCUCCAGCAGCGCCAUGUCCCGGCUUGGCACCCUUUUUUCAUUCACAUCGCCCGCAGUAAAGAAACUUUUGGGUUGGAAACAAGGCGACGAAGAAGAAAAGUGGGCUGAGAAGGCGGUGGACAGUUUGGUGAAAAAGUUAAAAAAACGCAAAGGCGCUAUUGAGGAACUAGAGCGUGCGUUAUCCUGCCCAGGCCAGCCAUCAAAAUGCGUUACAAUCCCACGUUCGUUAGAUGGACGUUUGCAGGUGUCCCAUCGCAAAGGUCUGCCACAUGUCAUCUAUUGCCGCGUUUGGCGCUGGCCAGAUUUGCAAUCACAUCACGAACUAAAACCCUUAGAGUUAUGUCAGUACCCAUUCAGCGCCAAACAAAAAGAAGUUUGCAUCAAUCCUUAUCAUUAUAAACGUGUUGAGAGUCCUGUACUGCCGCCAGUGUUGGUGCCACGUCAUUCAGAAUUCGCACCCGGCUAUUCAAUGCUACAGUUUAACCAGUCAAUGUCUGAGCCACCAAUUCCACCCAAUGUCAACUACUCCAACAAUGGCUUCAAUAAUAUGAGCCCCAAUAGUCCGCCUUUAACGUCAGCCGGCAGUCCCAGCACGGUCAACUCAAACCCCAACUCACCAUAUGGCAGUUUGGCAGGUACACCGCCGCCAGCUUAUAGCCCUUCGGAAGAUGGCAAUUCGAACAAUCCAAACGAUGGCACUCAAUUGAUCGAUGCACAGAUGGGCGAUGUGGCACAGGUGAGCUAUUCGGAGCCUGCGUUUUGGGCCUCAAUCGCCUAUUAUGAGCUAAAUUGUCGUGUGGGUGAGGUGUUCCACUGCAACAAUAAUUCAGUUAUCGUCGACGGUUUUACGAAUCCAUCAAAUAAUUCGGAUAGAUGUUGUUUAGGGCAAUUAAGCAAUGUAAAUCGCAACAGCACCAUAGAAAAUACACGCCGUCACAUAGGAAAAGGCGUUCACCUUUAUUACGUUGCUGGGGAAGUCUAUGCCGAGUGCCUCUCAGACUCGGCAAUAUUUGUGCAAUCGCGUAACUGCAACUACCACCACGGCUUCCAUCCGAGCACUGUGUGCAAGAUACCGCCAGGCUGUUCCCUGAAAAUUUUCAACAAUCAGGAAUUUGCUCAACUUCUAUCACAGUCAGUGAACAAUGGCUUCGAAGCGGUUUACGAAUUGACCAAGAUGUGCACAAUCCGGAUGAGCUUCGUGAAGGGUUGGGGCGCUGAAUAUCAUAGGCAAGACGUGACUUCUACACCUUGCUGGAUAGAGAUACAUUUGCAUGGACCACUGCAGUGGCUCGAUAAAGUGCUAACGCAGAUGGGCUCGCCACACAAUGCCAUUAGUUCCGUAUCAUAAAAGGAAGACGUUGAUAUUUCAUUGAUUUCUGAUUUCAUUACUAUAAUUUUUUUUAUUUCCCAAGUGGAUUUUUUAAGUAUGCUUUUUUUUAGUAUGAUACGCAUACAUCCAGACGUACUUUUACAAUAUUUUUACAAUAUUACAAAAACCACCAAUUUAGGAUAAUUUUCAAAAAUAAUUUUCGUUUGCAAACCUGAACGCGUAUGCAAUCUAUUUCAUUUUAUCGUGUAAUAAUAAAAGUUUAUUAUUUCAAUUUAAA